GGUCAAGCCUGUAUGAUCAGAAGUCGUAGUUGAACUCCUUCGUUGCUCGUCGUCGUCCCCAACAUCGACACCGUACUUUCUCAUUUCUUCCACCGACGUACGUUCGUCCGCCUUCUCCGCUUUUGUCGUCAUUCUUCGCUGCUUAACCAGUCCAACUGACCUAGGUCCUGUUCGUAAAUUAGAGUCAACCUUCUCUGUCGUGAUUGGGUUAAUAGCAUUUCCUCGCUUCAACUCUCCUCCUUGAAUUUUCCGGAAGAAUUGGUAAGACGUCUGUUCAUUUGCCUUAUUACCCAACAGCCGAGGUUUUCAUCCUUCAUGGUUGCGCGGUUGUCAUGCAGCCCCCUGCAUGCUGCAAGCGUUCUAAAAGCGGCCCUUAAAUGCGUGGUUGACGCGUGUGCUGACUGCUUUUUUCAUCUUGAUAGCCAAGUUUGUCACGUAGAACCAUCUCAACGACAUGCAGACUAUCAAGGUUGUAGUGGUAGGGGACGGUGCUGUAGGCAAGACUUGUUUGUUGAUCUCAUACACCACGAACAAAUUUCCAAGCGACUAUGUUCCGACUGUCUUUGAUAACUACGCUGUCACCGUAAUGAUUGGUGAAGAUCCUUACACGCUAGGUCUUUUCGACACCGCCGGGCAAGAGGAUUAUGACCGUCUCCGGCCACUGUCAUACCCCCAAACCGACGUCUUCCUUGUUUGCUUUAGUGUAACGUCCCCUCCAUCCUUCGAGAACGUGAGGGAGAAAUGGAUUCCAGAGGUGCACCACCAUUGUCCGGGUGUCCCAUGUCUUAUCGUUGGGACGCAAAUCGAUUUGCGGGACGACGCUCAGGUGAUCGAGAAGCUCUCCAGGCAGAAGCAACGACCGGUGCCGACCGAGCACGGCGAGAGACUUUCGAGAGAGCUUGGUGCUGUCAAGUAUGUGGAGUGCUCAGCCCUGACACAGAAAGGGUUGAAGAACGUCUUCGACGAGGCUAUUGUCGCUGCACUAGAGCCACCCGUGGUUAAGAAGACACAUAAAUGCGUCGUCGUUUAAUGAAUGAUCCAUCGCGACGGUACAUCUUGUUCUAUCUUCUUAUGACUCCUUUACGCCUUGUUCUGCCUCAUAUAUCCUUCUCAUCUUUUUUUAUGUCGUUUCCCUCGUUGCGCCAAGACAUCAUGAUUUUCCCCAGUCCUGUAGCAUCUGUUCUCUUCCGCACGAGCUGAGUGGAUCUUGAGGCUAUGCUCGUGCUCUU